UCUCUAUGCCGUGCAUCCAUAUUUUUUAUUAAUUACUUCAAUUACUUGUAAAGGAACUAGGAGAUAUGUCGAGACGAAGAGGAGAAAUUGAAGAGACAGACAAACUUACCCGUAUUGCCAUUGUAAAUGCGGAUAAGUGUAAACCCAAAAGGUGUAGACAAGAAUGUAAAAAAUCAUGCCCUGUUGUUCGAAUGGGAAAGCUGUGUAUUGAAGUAUCACCCAACAGUAAAAUUGCUGCUAUUUCAGAGGAGCUAUGUAUCGGAUGUGGUAUAUGCGUAAAGAAAUGUCCUUUUGAAGCUAUCAAUAUUAUAAACUUACCUAGCAACCUGCAAAGAGAAACAACUCACCGGUAUGGUAAAAACUCUUUUAAAUUACAUAGAUUGCCAAUUCCACGUCCAGGGGAAGUUUUGGGUCUUGUUGGUACUAAUGGUAUUGGGAAGUCAACUGCAUUAAAAAUUCUGGCAGGCAAGCAGAAACCUAAUUUAGGUAGAUAUAUGGAUCCUCCUGAUUGGACUGAGAUUUUAAGUCAUUUUAGGGGUAGUGAAUUACAGAAUUAUUUUACCAAGAUUCUAGAAGAUGAUCUGAAAGCUUUAAUUAAACCACAAUAUGUUGAUCAGAUUCCAAAAGCUGUUAAAGGGACUGUAGGUCAACUUCUUAAUAAGAAAGAUGAACUAAGCAAUCAAGAUGAAAUAUGUGAAAUGUUAGAUUUACUGCAUAUUAAAGAACGUGAAAUUGGUGCUCUUUCUGGAGGAGAGUUGCAACGUUUUGCUAUUGCAAUGGUGUGCAUUCAGAAUGGGGAUAUUUUUAUGUUUGAUGAACCAUCCUCGUAUUUGGAUGUAAAACAACGUUUAAAUGCAGCUCAGACUAUAAGAUCUUUAUUACAUCCUGACAAGUUUAUUAUUGUUGUGGAGCAUGACUUGAGUGUUCUUGAUUAUCUUUCAGACUUUAUUUGCUGUUUAUAUGGUGUUCCUGGUGCCUAUGGUGUGGUUACUAUGCCUUUUUCAGUUCGUGAAGGUAUAAAUAUAUUUUUGGAUGGGUUUGUGCCUACUGAGAAUCUUAGAUUUCGUGAUGAGUCUUUAGUAUUUAAAGUUGCUGAGUCAGCUACAGAAGAGGAAGUUAAAAGGAUGAACCAUUAUGAAUAUCCUUCUAUGGCUAAAACUAUGGGUAACUUCAAAUUGCGUGUGAAGCAAGGUCAAUUUUCAGACUCAGAAAUUUUGGUUUUACUGGGAGAAAAUGGUACUGGAAAAACAACAUUUAUCAGAAUGUUAGCUGGAAAUUUGGAGCCUGACACUGGAUCAGGUACAUUGCCCCAACUUCAUAUCAGCUAUAAACCGCAGAAAAUUAGUCCAAAAUCUCAAGGUUUAGUUAGACAACUUCUACAUGAAAAAAUUCGAGAUGCCUAUAUUCACCCUCAAUUUAUUGCUGAUGUAAUGAAACCACUCAAAAUUGAAGAUAUUAUUGACCAAGAGGUUCAGAAUUUAUCAGGAGGUGAAUUACAAAGAGUUGCUAUGACUUUAUGUUUAGGGAAACCAGCAGACGUAUAUCUUAUUGACGAACCCAGUGCUUAUUUAGAUUCUGAACAACGUUUAGUAGCUGCUAAAGUAAUAAAAAGGUUUAUUCUACAUGCCAAAAAGACAGGUUUUGUAGUGGAGCACGAUUUUAUUAUGGCAACUUAUUUGGCCGAUCGCGUCAUUGUAUUUGAGGGCGUGCCAUCUGUCGAUACUACCGCCAAUACACCGCAAACUUUGCUCGCUGGAAUGAAUAGAUUUUUGGAAUUAUUGGGAAUCACAUUUAGAAGAGAUCCCAACAACUUUAGACCGAGAAUUAAUAAGCAGGAAUCUGUCAAGGAUGUGGAACAGAAGCGAGCUGGACAAUAUUUCUUUCUGGAGGAUUAAGUUUUUUAAUUGUCACUCUAUUCUAAUUAUCUUUUUAUUUAUAAGUGGUAAUUUGUAUGAUUUUAUCACUUUUAGGAGCUCAUUCUUUCUUGUAAAGUUCAUUUAAAAUAAAAUCAUUGGUUAUCGUAAAAA